AUUUGGGAAAGCAUGCACCCAAAUUCACGACAAUUAUAUAAAUUUUUUGACACCGAACAUCUUUCUAUUGGCAAUGAUGAAAGUAAAAACUAUACGGUGGAUCUUAUAGCCAAAUGGAUGAUGACUAUGGAUAGACGAGGCCAAAUAUAUUUCAUUCCUUGGAUUGUUGAUCGACAUUGGAUGUUGGUGCUCGUGAUGAUGCGGGGGAUGACCAUAAUUUUGGACCCUUUAAAAAAUCAUAAAUCUCCACCAAUAAUUACGGAGGUUAUGGGAAAAGCAUAUGCACAAUGUUUGGAAAAUGAAUACAUCGGCACAUUUACAAAAUUGUGGUUUGACAAAAAGAAAUUCAAUGUCAAAGAGGAUCUACUACCACUAAAAAGUGAUUGGUUAGCUAGAUUAAUGACAUUUGUUUAUGAAAUCUAAAUUUUUGUAUGUAUGUAAGAUUAAAGUGCUAACUUAUAUUCGUUAAAAUGAUUAA